CAUACACGUGCUCAUCUGUUGCAGUCUUGAUUGGGGUUUAUUACAAAGAUUUGAGAUUUUAAUGGGAAUUCCAUCAGAAAUGAGAGAUGUGUGGGCUGCUGCAAGGAAAAAUUCUAUCUUAAUUGCUUCUCCUUCUGAAGAUCAGAGGCUUAUUAAUUCAAGAAAUUGUACCCAAGAGGGUGUCCGUGCAGGAGCUAAGGCAGCUUCGAUUGCCUGUGUUGUCAGUGCUGUUCCUACGUUGGCUGCUUGUCGUAUGAUACCCUGGGCCAAGGCAAACCUCAACUAUACUGCUCAGGCUCUCAUCAUCUCUGGUGCAUCCAUCGCUGCAUACUUCAUUACUGCUGACAAAACAAUCUUGGCAUGUGCAAGAAGAAAUGCUGAGGCCGAGUACAGGAAAUCAGCUCAAGGCGGAAAUUCCUGAUCUUUGUGUAUUUCAUGUUCUUUAUACAACUCGAGAAACUUGUUUCGAUGUUACUUGCAGUAAUGUGAAGUUCUUCGGUUUUGUAUUCUGAUGCUUCCUUUUUGUGUAUUGAAGAAAAUAGACUAAAUGCAAAGAUUUUUAAUCCCUCGUGUUUCUGAUUUUCGAGUGUUGAUCAGUUAAAUUGGGAAAAGAAUUGGCAAUGGAGAAAGUUAUAUGUAUUAAAUAUCUUUAAAGUCUAAUAAUUUUCAUUUA